GCUAAGCAAGUGGUGUGGCGGGUUGGAGGAGGCAGGGAGGUUCUUGGUCCUAGGGAGGCUGCGUCCUUCCCGUGCUUUGUCCCAGCGUCACCACCCGCCUUCCACGGUGCAGCCGGCUCGCUGGGGACUGAUUUCAGGUGGCAGCCACCGGGUGAAGAAAUCGUGUCCUGAUGCUUAGUUGUAUCCGCACGCUGCCCUGCCCCCUGCCACCUAGCUACCUGGGACCUGCGCGCUCCCCCAGCUCCUUCAUUCGGCAGGGUUGGGGUUCACGGGCUGCUUAGUUCAAACCGGAGGAUUUGUUGUCGCUUCUAUGGCUUCCUCACAAACUUCACAAACUGUUGCAGCUCAUGUCCCCUUUGCAGACUUAUGUUCCACACUAGAACGGAUACAGAAAGGUAAAGACCGUGCAGAAAAAAUCAGGCACUUCAAGGAGUUUUUGGAUUCGUGGAGAAAAUUUCAUGAUGCCCUUCAUAAGAACAGAAAGGACGUUACAGACUCUUUUUACCCUGCAAUGAGACUCAUUCUCCCCCAGUUAGAAAGAGAGAGGAUGGCUUAUGGAAUCAAAGAAACCAUGCUCGCUAAGCUCUACAUCGAAUUGCUGAACUUACCACGAGAAGGCAAGGAUGCCCAGAAGCUCCUCAAUUACCGAACCCCCAGUGGAGCUCGCACGGAUGCUGGGGACUUUGCCAUGAUUGCAUACUUUGUUUUGAAGCCAAGGUGCUUACAGAAAGGAAGCUUAACCAUACAGCAGGUAAAUGAACUCUUAGACUUAGUUGCCAGCAAUAACUCUGGCAAAAAAAAAGACCUAGUGAAAAAGAGCCUUCUUCAGUUAAUAACCCAGAGUUCAGCACUGGAGCAAAAAUGGCUGAUUCGCAUGAUUAUCAAAGACUUAAAGCUUGGCAUCAGUCAGCAAACAAUAUUUUCCAUUUUCCACAAUGAUGCAGUUGAGUUGCACAACGUCACCACAGAUCUGGAAAAGGUCUGCAGGCAGCUGCAUGACCCCUCUGUAGGGCUUAGUGACAUCUCUAUCACUCUGUUUUCUGCCUUUAAGCCAAUGCUAGCUGCUGUAGCAGACGUGGAGCGUGUGGAGAAGGACAUGAAGCAGCAGAGUUUCUACAUCGAAACUAAGCUUGAUGGUGAGCGCAUGCAGAUGCACAAAGAUGGCGCGCUGUACCGGUACUUCUCCAGAAACGGUUACAACUAUACCGACCAGUUUGGUGAAUCUCCACAGGAAGGCUCUCUCACCCCAUUUAUUCACAAUGCGUUCGGGACAGAUGUGCAAGCGUGCAUCCUUGACGGUGAGAUGAUGGCCUACAACCCAACAACACAGACUUUCAUGCAGAAGGGGGUCAAGUUUGAUAUCAAAAGGAUGGUGGAAGAUUCUGGCCUACAGACUUGUUACUCUGUUUUUGACGUACUGAUGGUUAAUAAGAAGAAGCUAGGGCGCGAGACUCUUAGGAAGAGGUAUGAGAUCCUUAGUAGCACUUUCACACCCAUACAAGGCCGCAUAGAAAUAGUGCAGAAAACUCAAGCUCAUACAAAGAAGGAAGUAGUGGAUGCAUUAAAUGAUGCCAUAGACAAGAGAGAAGAGGGGAUCAUGGUUAAACACCCUCUGUCCAUUUACAAGCCAGACAAAAGAGGUGAAGGGUGGCUAAAGAUUAAACCAGAGUACGUCAGUGGACUAAUGGAUGAAUUAGACGUCCUAAUUGUGGGGGGCUACUGGGGUAAAGGUUCACGAGGUGGCAUGAUGUCUCACUUUUUGUGUGCAGUGGCAGAGACACCACCUCCUGGUGACAGGCCAUCUGUAUUCCACACUCUGUGCCGUGUUGGGUCUGGUUACACCAUGAAAGAACUCUAUGACCUGGGCUUGAAAUUGGCAAAAUACUGGAAGCCUUUUCAUAAGAAAUCUCCACCAAGUAGCAUUCUGUGUGGUACAGAGAAGCCGGAAGUGUACAUAGAGCCUCAGAACUCUGUCAUUGUUCAGAUCAAGGCAGCUGAGAUCGUCCCCAGUGACAUGUACAAGACUGGCUCCACCCUGCGCUUCCCACGCAUCGAAAAGAUCAGAGAUGACAAAGAGUGGCACGAAUGUAUGACACUGGGUGACUUGGAGCAGCUGAGGGGGAAAGCAUCUGGGAAGCUUGCCACGAAACACCUUCAUGUAGGUGAUGAUGAUGAACCUAGAGAAAAAAGGCGGAAGCCCAUCUCCAAGACGAAGAAAGCCAUUAGAAUCAUUGAACACUUAAAAGCACCCAACCUUUCUAACGUAAACAAAGUUUCCAAUGUAUUUGAAGAUGUUGAGUUUUGUGUUAUGAGUGGAUUAGAUGGUUAUCCAAAGGCUGACCUAGAGAACAGAAUUGCAGAAUUCGGUGGUUAUAUAGUACAGAAUCCAGGCCCGGAUACAUACUGUGUUAUUGCAGGUUCUGAGAACGUUAGAGUGAAAAACAUUAUUUCUUCAGAUAAAAAUGAUGUUGUCAAGCCCGAGUGGCUUUUAGAGUGUUUUAAGACAAAAACAUGCGUGCCGUGGCAACCUCGCUUUAUGAUUCACAUGUGCCCGUCGACAAAGCAGCAUUUUGCCCGUGAGUAUGACUGCUAUGGUGAUAGCUAUUUUGUUGACACAGAUUUGGAUCAAUUGAAAGAAGUGUUUCUAGGAAUUAAACCCAGUGAGCAGCAGACUCCUGAAGAAAUGGCCCCUGUGAUUGCUGACUUAGAAUGUCGUUAUUCCUGGGACCACUCUCCUCUCAGUAUGUUUCGACAUUACACCAUUUAUUUGGACUUGUAUGCUGUUAUUAAUGACUUGAGUUCCAGAAUUGAAGCCACGAGAUUAGGUAUUACAGCCCUUGAGCUGCGGUUUCAUGGAGCAAAGGUGGUUUCCUGCUUAUCUGAAGGGGUAUCUCAUGUUAUCAUUGGGGAGGAUCAGAGACGAGUUACUGACUUUAAAAUAUUCAGAAGAAUGCUUAAGAAAAAGUUUAAAAUCCUGCAAGAAAGUUGGGUGUCCGAUUCAGUAGACAAGGGCGAACUGCAGGAGGAAAACCAGUAUUUGCUUUAGAGCUUGCUGGCCCGGCGGGGGGGGGGGAAGAAGAAGUGUUAUUGUCAGACAACAGCAGACAGUGAUGAUGAAAUAGCCAGUAGCCUUCAUUGUAUCUCCUAAUACUUCAAAAGGAUUAUUGAUCAGAACGCAAUAAUUUUCAAGUAGAAAGGAAACUAAAUGGGCCAAAGCAAAAAAAAAAAAACCAAAAAAAAUAAAACAAACAAAAAAAACCAACCCUUUUCCUAACACGACUUAUAACUAUGGCUUCAAGAAGUGCUUGUAUGGUAUCCAUACUGAAGCUAUCCAUACUUAAAGUGUAUUUGAAACCUUUUAGAAACAUCACCACUAUUGACUUUCUAGACAAAAUUUUCCAGACUUAAAAAUUAAAGUUUUUAGCUAAUAAAAGUAUUAUACCAAUAAAAAAAAUCAGAAUUGUUAAAGUUAGACUUAUAAAAAUAAGCAUUUUUAUUUGCGGGCUCAAAUACCCCCUAUAAGCAUGACAUAUUAAGCAUAAAGAGUUUUUAAGGUUCAUCAAAUGUUUUUUGAUAAUGUGGGGGAAGUUGAGAGAGAAUCAUCUAAACACCAAACACUUAAGAUAUUAAUUUUAUUGAAAAAAAUCCUUGCAACUUUUAAGUUAGCUGAGACUUAAUUUUGGUGAAGACUUUAAUGUUUCAUGGAGAAAUGUUUGAGUGAAUUUACACUCCAGCAUUGACAGUGUUUACAGAACUUGUCUCCUAUCGAUGAUCCAUUGCGUAGCUGUCCAUACAGUGAACACUUUCAUUAGAGACUGGGUGCUCUGGCUUUUAGAGAUGGCUUUUAUGACUAUGUUGAAGUCACAGUCAUGUGUGGAUUGUAUCUGUUGAGAAUUGUACUUCCAUGGCAGUACUGAAAUGGAGGGAUGUGGGACCUUAAGUGAUGGGUAUAAACUAUUUAAGUAAUUAGACUUGUUGAAGUGAUUGAAGAAACAUUUGUGAUUAUUGUAACUUAAAUAAAAUUAUUAAAUAUUGUAACUUAAAUAAAAUUAUUGAAUAUUUAAUGUAA